GCGAUCAAACAUGGCCGACAAAGAAAACAGAAGUAUGGAUGUCGAUAAGAGAAAGAAUAAACCUUGUGGUAGUCAAGUUAAGCCAUUAUCUGACGAAGUUACCCAAAGAAAAGACAACCGGGGCAGCACUGACGGCAAGAAGGACGCCGAAGAAAGCCGUGUCACGACACGAUACUGCGAGAAACUACAGGCAUGGAUGUGGCAGUACUACAGUGGAUAUGUGAACUGGCAAAGCUGGCUAGCAGCGUCAGCCAUGUCCUACCCUUACUGUUUACAGCCACCUAACGGGACUUCGACCGUUCUUGAUAUCAACUCCCAGCACUGGCAUAAUAAUCCGUUUGGUCUUCCGUUGCCUCCUUACCCACCCGCGGCCGGCUCCUCGAGCGGCCGUGCAGGUGAAACCAUCGUCGGGGCAGCAGUGCCUGCUCAGCCGCAGCAGCAGCAGGCGAGGGAGAAUGGAAAUGCACCGAGACCAGGCCGAGAGUACAGUAUUCCUUCUCCUCUCCAAAGACUAAUGGCUGAGAUGGUGGAUUUCUUCAUAUUGUUUUUCAUCAAAGCAACUAUAAUCAUCAGUAUUAUGCACCUUAGUGGAAUCAAAGAUGUUUCCAAGUUCGCCAUGCAUUUUAUAGUGGAGGAAAUCGAUGAAGACACAUCGAUGGAGGAGCUGCAGAAAAUGAUGCUUGUUGCUCUUGUGUAUCGGAUAUUAGUUUGUUUUUAUGAGAUCAUAUGCAUUUGGGGAGCAGGAGGAGCCACUCCCGGAAAGUUUCUCAUUGGACUCAGAGUCGUGACAUGUGACUCAUCAGUUCUGGUUCAGCCUAACAGGGUUCUUGUCGUGCCAGCAACUAAUGUCUCUCUUUCUGCAUCGACUGUUCGAGCCUUGAAUAAGAACUUUUCCAUUGCCUUCUUCUUCCCAGCCUUCAUCACUCUUCUGUUCUUCCAGCACAACAGGACUGUGUAUGAUAUGGUUGCUGGUACAAUUGUUGUCAAGCGAUCCAGGGUCAGAUGAUGCUGCACAGAAGAAUGGCCCCACAAUAACUCUGAACAGGCACUGAGUGACAAUUUGUUUUCUUUUUAAAAAUAUAACGUCGACUGAACUCAGACACCUCCCUUUCAAGGUAUUGUCAGAGCACAAGAGAAUCGGGAUGGUUGCAUUGAGUUUGAGACACACCAAUAUGAACUGUUUCAAUUUGGAUUUGUUGUGUUUCUGACACACGCACUGUAUUUCUGCAUGUAUGUCUACAUGCUGCUUUCAGAAUCAGGUCCUGUGCAAGGAAAAAAAUGAUGGUAUCUGCUAAGUUUUUAUUGACAGAAGAUUCGCAUCCUUUUUAAAAUUGUCUUUCAAGAUUAAGGGUGACUGUCUAACUUGGCUAACUCAGUAUUUAAAGUUUCAGUAGACAAGGAAACCAGAGAAGACAGGAUUUUAUUUAAAAGAACAGCCAGAAUAUGAAGAUUAAAGAGCCCUUUUCUUGCACCUUUUUUUGUUCUGUUUAACCACCCCCCACUUUUAAAAAAAAAAAAAUAUUUAAAAUAAUAUUAAUAAUAAUAUAUAAUAACAUUUUGCACUGCUCACAUGAUCUGGUAUGAAAGGCAACAAGAUUAGAGGCAACAAAUCUCUAAUGCACGAACAUUUCCCCUUUUAAGGAGGCGCAGACUCUAGGAGAUAGAUAUGUAAGUUUCUGUCCCAUCUAAAGGUGCUGACAGUGUCUCAGCAGCAGCUUAACCAGGCAUUAACAAGUGCUCAUGUCAUUUUUCCAAGCGUUUAUUUUCUAGUCAUUUCCUGGGGGAUGUGCGUUGUGAUUGGCCAAGGUCUACUGGGGCAAAUUUUUCAUUUUUAUUUUUUAUUUUUUAAAAAGCUUGAAGACAGAGCUGGGAGAAGGUGCAAGACUCUAGUUUCCUUUCCAUCUGCUUGAGUUAUUAUGCAGUUUUUUUCUAAAAACAUUUUGCCUGCAACAAGUUUAAGUUGCUAAUCCUGCAUUAAUGAGAUUACGCCAUCAAGUAUGUCUUUGUAUUAAAUACGUACCCCCAGA